GGUGAUGAAUGAUUUGGUGAAUAUUAAAUAGAUAUUUCUCAUUUCUCUCUUUUAGAACUUGUUAUUCAAAUAUUAUCAAAAUGAAGAUUGAGGGUAGAACUUUUAUUGUAUCUGGCGGGUAAGUAAAAACCAUGUAUGUAUGAAUCAAACUUCAUUAACAAGAUAUCUAGAGCUUCAGGCUUAGGCCGAGCAUGUGUUGUCGAUAUCUGCCAAGUUGGAGGGUAUGCAGCUGUACUAGAUAUGAAUGAGGAGUUAGCUGAAGAAUUGGUUAAAGAGUUAGGAGCUGGAAAGGUCAAAUUCUGGCAAACAGAUGUACUGGACACAGAUAGUAUUACCAAUGCUGUUAAGGGUGCUUUGGAAUGGGCGAAGGAAACUGGAAAGGAGGUUGGUGGAGUUAUUGCUGCUGCUGGUGUAGCUACUCCUGCUAAGGUGUGUUUUCAUAUGAGCCAUACAAACCUCACAGCGAAGAUCCCCGAGCCUCCCUACACUCCCUUCCGGUGACUUCCUCAAAUCCAACUCCAAAUCCCGCUCCAUCUGAUUCCCUCGCCAUCUUCGCACUAAUACUACCCUCACCAGAUCCUCGAUCGCAACCUCGAGCCCUUCUCUCUCUCCGACUUCGACUUCGUAAUGAAUGUUAACGUCCGCGGUACCAUCGACUUAAUCCGACAAUGUCUUCCCCACAUAGCUCGUUCCACUCCUGUAAAUGAUGAUGGUGAGCGUGGUGUAAUUAUCAUGGUUGCUUCAUCUGCUGCUUUUGAUGGACAACCUGGUCAAGGUAUUUUGAUUCUUCUUACGCUCCUAUUCCGUGCUUCUAUUUUCCCAUAAAUUUAUCAAUGAACAAAACACUAAACAGGAAUAGUCGCAUACUCUGCGUCCAAAGGCGCAAUAGCAUCCCUAACUCUUCCCCUAACCCGUGAUGUUGCAAGACAUGGUAUUAGAGUUGUGACUAUAGCACCUAGUCUUUUCGAUUCGAGGAUGACAUCUAUGAUGAGUGAUAAAGUGCGGGCUAGUUUAACGAAAGUCAUGGAAUUCCCGCGUAAGUCUCCUUUCUGUCCAUAUCCCAUAUAUCCAUGUCCGAAUCAUCCGUAUGCUUUCCUAACCACUGUACCACAAAACACGACCCCCAAAAAGAUCCAAACUCCAUUCCACGAGCUAACCCACAUCAAAAACAGUACGACCCGGCAAACCCCACGAAUUUGCACAACUAGUAAGACAAAGUAUCGAGAACGUGAUGUUGAAUGGAGUCGUAUUGAGAUUAGACGGAGGAAUGAGGAUGCCGAGUAAGAUGUGAGGGGUCAGCUGACAAUAGAGGAAUAUUCUUAUGGUUUCUGUGUUUUGUAUUUGUACAUGAAUGAAUGGAUGGGUUUGAUGCGGGUUUCUAUCAUGGGUAUGGUGUGAAGUUGUAAGAGUAGUGUUUUAAUAGAGAAUAGGUUCUUGUGUU